AUGGAGAGCAUUAGAACAACACGGCAGUGUUCACUGUCUGUGCACGCGGGCAUGAGAGGGGACACAAUGCGGUUUCAUAUUAUUGAUGACCAUAAUUACAAAGGACGAGACAGAGCAAUCGUUUUCCCUGCACACACAACAAUUGCAUUUAGUGUGUUUGAACUGUAUAUCCAGUUGGAUGGUAAUUUUGAGCUCUGUGUUGCUCCAGAAUCCAGAGGAGGAUUUGAAAAAGAACCAUCAAGAUCAUUUUCACUCAUCAGAUUAAGGAAUACCCUGUUUCAUCGAAACAAGAGGGUAAUGGAUAUCAUUGCUCACCCAGAUAAUUACUUAGAUGACCUUUUUGCGGACUACUACGAAAAGGCAGCCAGCUUGACGGACAUCUCUGCAAGCUAUUUCCGAGAAGGAGCUCACAUACGUGUGAAUUUACUCAAUAACAACAUCCCCAAGGGCCCUUGUUCCCUGUGCGGGAUGGGCAGCUCCAAAAGGGAAACCGUUUAUGGGUGCCUGGAGUGUUCUUUCAAUGGACAGACCUUUGUAAGACUACAUGCUGUGCCUUGCUUUGACCUAUGGCAUAAGAGGUUGAAGUAAGCCUUUAAAUAAAGACAUUGGAGUUGGAUCCAGGUGACUAGUUGCCCUGAACACCACAGGACUUUCUGUGAAUCACAGGUAACUGGUUUUAAUGGUCCCUAAACACAACUAACUUCAGCCUGGGCCCAAUCUUUUAUCAACAUUUAGCCGUGUUUGUGCCAUAGAAAUUUGUGAGUUAUAAUUGCAAAUACAUAAAAAUGA